UGUGAUGCUCUCCCUGCAGGCCUCCAAAUGGCUGAGGCCGAAGAAGAAGGCGGACCCCCGGACCACCAGAAGAAGAGCCCAGAUUUUCCGUCCGGAUCCGGCAGCGACGAAGAAUUCGAGCUGCUCCUGUGGCAGCUGCGGACCCCGCGGACCCUCGGAAGCAGGAGGAAGGCCGGCGGCCGGCUCCGUGAUGUACUGGACUCCGACCAAGAGCCAUCCCCCAGCGCAUCCUACAGGACCAGGCGACCCCGCGGGGUGACCGGAGCCACGCCGGCGAGGCCGGAGCCCCCCGUCACUCCGGCCCAGAGGAGUUGCGGAGCGCUGAGCGACGGAGAGGAGGGGUCCUCGGAGGGUCCCGCACCGGAGGAUGGGGAAGAGGCGGCGGAAAGGCCGGGGGGAGAGGCCGGUCUCCCUCUUCCCGCCUCCGCGGGCCCGGACCCGGACAGCUCGGAAGACGAGUUCGAGUCUCUGGUGCACCUGAUCCCGAGGCCGGCGAGAGGCCCGGCCCGGACCCCCCGGACCCCGAGCAUCCGGGCGCCGGCGAGGCUGGAGCCCCCCGCCGCCCCGGCCCGGAGGAGUUGCGGGGCGCUGAGCGACGGAGAGGAGGGGUCCUCGGAGAGUCCCGCGCCGGGGGACGGGGAAGAGGCGGCGGAGAGGCCGGGGGGAGAGGCCGGUCCCCCUCUUCCCGCCUCCACGGGUCCAGACAGUUCGGAAGACGAGUUCGAGUCUCUGGUGCACCUGAUCCCGAGGCCGGCGAGAGACCCGGCCCGGACCCCCCGGACCCCGAGCAUCCGGGGGGCCCGGACCCCCCGGACCCCGAGCAUCCGGGGCCCAGGAAAGGAAGCUAGCACACCGCCCUCGGGAGUGAGGAAGGCGUCCCCAUCGUCCAGCCCCCGUGACCGCAGAGACGCCGAGGACUCGACACCCCUCCCCAACUUCAAGUGGGCACGGGGAUGUUCUGUGCCCGACUGCUUCCUGCCCCAAAUCUCCGCCGCCCCUUGGGCUCACGGCAGAAAGUUCCAGGAGGAGAAGAAACGUCUGGUCCGGAGACUUUACCAGCUGUACAACACCUCCGUCUUUGAUUCCAAGUUACCCGAGGACAUGGAGAUCUCCUGGAAUAAGAAACUGCGCAUGACGGCGGGUUUCUGUGCCACGGGGCAGAAGGACGGGCGGCGCCACGCCCGCAUCGAGCUGUCCGAGAAGGUCUGCGACAGUGCCGAACGGCUGCGGGACACGGUGAUCCACGAGAUGUGCCACGCCGCCACCUGGCUCGUCUUCGGCAUCCGCGCCGCCCACGGCCCCACCUGGAAGGCUUUCGCCCGCAAGGCCGCGGCCCUGCAUCCCGAGCUGCCCAGGGUCACUCGCUGCCACAGCUACCAGAUCAAUUACAAGUUCACCUACGAGUGCGCCCGCUGCGGGCACAGGAUCGGCCGCCACUCCAAGUCCCUGGACCCGCAGCGCCACGUGUGCGGUCGAUGCCUGGGCCCCCUGGCCCUGCUCCCUCAGGCCGGGAAGGGAGACGGGGGAACCCCCAGGCCUCUCACCCCCUUCGCCCGCUUUGUGAAAAGCCACUACGCUUCCACCCGGAGGGAGCUGGCCGGACAGAGCCACGGAGAGAUCAUGCGCCAGCUCGGCGCGGACUUCGCUUCCAAAGUUCGUCUCCAGGAGCCGUGAGACCACCCCCCUCCCACCCCGCCCCCACAUCCCGAAGACCCCGG